UUCUAAUUCCCUUUCCUCCUCUCCUCUUCUUCUUUACUAAGCUUCCUGCAAUCUGCAGCUUUUGCUGAUUGAAUAUUUCUUUCUCCUCCUUCAAGCAUCCUUCUCACUAGAGUUUUGCUGGUUUGUCAAUCAAAACCAGAUUACUAGUCCAGAAACUAAAUUCUGUUUGAAAGAAGUUUUUAAAAAAAAAAAAAAAAAAAAGAGGAAGUUUGUUUCUUUCUGCUUCAUUCUGUUCAGGGAAGAAGCUCUGUCAAAAUUUUCUUCAAAAAUAUUGUUUCUACGAUUAAAACCUCUGUCAAAAUCCCACCUUGUCGAUCGUGCAAGAAGAAUCUGUUUCUUCCUUGUUCCUGCUCCAGCACAGAGUUUCAAGAUCUCAUUUUGUUUCUGCGCACAUGGCGUUUGUAAUUGAUGUCGUAUCAUAAGUGAGAUCCUUCUUUCUGGGUUUAUGCUCAGUUCGGCAAUACUCCGGCGCAUGCCCCAUCUCGUUCAAUCCUUCUCGGUUGUCUUCCUCUACUGGUUCUAUGUGUUUUCAUGAGCCUUCUCAAAAUCUAGUACACUUGCAGUUGUAAUUCUCAACGACUGCUAACUAAAAAGUAGGCAAAAGGAUUUUAACUGUGAAAGACCAGAAAGCAGCCUCCAUGGCGUCUCCCAGUACUGUAACUAAUAGUUCAGGAUCCAGCCUGCUCCAGAACUCCAUCUCCAGCGAGGACUUGAAGGCGGUGAUGGAUCAGAGGAAGCGGAAGAGGCGGAUCUCGAACCGUGAAUCCGCGAGGAGGUCGAGGAUGCGCAAGCAGCAGCACUUGGACGAUCUGAACUCGGAGCUGCGCCAAUUGAGGGAGGACAACGCCAAGGUCUUGACGUCCUUGAGCCUCAUCACGCAGCACUACUUUGAAGUGGAGGCAGAGAACUCUGUGCUCAAGAUUCAGUUGGUGGAGAUCAGCAACAGGCUGAUGGCUCUCAAUGACAUCCUUCAGUGCUGCUUGAGUGGAUCCAACGCCGUCUCCCGCGGUGGCUUCAUCAGUCCAUGGAAGUCGAUGUGCAUGAAUCAGAAUAAGCAGAUCGUGGCUUCAACUGUGCAAAACAUGCGUCAAUUCUUGUGCUGAUUGAUGUGAUAAUUGACCACUAAAGUGCUGUUUGUUUGGUGCUCAUUUUUACGUGCCCUUUCAGUAACAGGGCCGGACGGGCUAUGCAUGGGAUGAGACUGAUGGGCAGGUUCUUUGUAGUAUUAGAUCGUCUUAUAAAAUCUAUGAAAAAUUUAAUCUUUGCAGUAAUUUUGAUUA